AUGAUGGACGAGGCCGACGCCGCCGCGCUCAAGCGCCGCGUGAACCGCGACAAGAAGCGCGCGUUCCGCCACAAGGUCCAGCAGCAGCUCGACUUUCUUCGGCGCCGCGUCAGUGACCUCGAAGCCGACCUAAGUGCGCGCCUCGCACCGACGGCGCUGCCAUGGGCCGAGGUCGCGCGCGCCCUGCGUGACGACGUCACCGAGGGCGAAGCUGCCCAGCGCGUCCUGAUGCAGCAACUCGCACGUCAGCAGCACCUCGCUCUCCUCAUGGCCCGCUGGGUCGACGCGUCCGUGCCGCCAUCGCUCUCGGCGCCGCCGUCGUUCACGCCCAUCUCGCUCUACAAGGACCCCGAGGCGCGGCAGCUGGGCCUCGACUGGGUCACCAAGCAGCUGUACGUGCACCGAUAUGCCGUCAUCGACGGCUUGCGCCUCCCCAUCGAGAACGUCAUGAGCUUUGACGUCAAUCUGCGCGGCGACGACGUGGUGUUUCGCCUAGUUCAGCGCCGGAUCUUGCCCAACACAACCGUGGCGAUCGUCGCUAAUGCGUACCAUCGUCUCUACGAGCGCAACUCGUUUCAGUUUGGUCUUUCGGGCCGGCACGUCCUCGACAACGCGCUACCUGGCACCAUCUACAGCCGCGACGCCCAUGAAAACAUCGUGUACCGGUCGUUCUCGACGGCCGCCGAGUUUGUGCACGUGAGCCAGACCAUCCACGACGACCACGUGUACCCGACCUGCGCCAAGACGUCGACGUCGCGCACCAAGACGGCGUGGAUCCUCGUCCAAGCCCUCGACGACGGCCGUGUGCUGGAAACCAAGCUCUUUCUCAAUGCGCGGCCACGCAUGGACGAUGAUCUCAAGACUCGUUGCUGGGAUGAGAUACACGCUCGCGCCAAUCUCUACUUGUCCCACUUCAACCGCGACCUGGCCGUGGCCAUGAUUAGCAAAAAAAGAGAAUGA